UGAAUUUUAGCCCGACCAACCCUGGCUCGACAUUUUAAUUUUUUCACCGAGGACAACCCAAAAUUCAAUUUUAGUUAAAAUUUGGGCUUAGGCACGGGUUUUGGUCUAAAAUGGGCCGAUUUUUGGGCAAAGCUCAGGCCGACCCAUGAUCACCUCUAAUUGGCGAGAAUUAAGCUUCUCAAUCUUUUCCUUGGUACAUCUUGCAAAAACAAAAAUAGAGUACUUAACUUAUGCUAAACAGAAUGGUUACAAUAAUUGUAAUUAAAAUUACCAAAAAGACAAACGUGAUAUUUAUAGAACGAAGGUAUAAAAACUCUUUCGUCACUGUAUCAACUAUCAAGCAAAGAACGUGUUUCCCAUUUAAACUUUUUCCUAUUCCAAGAGACAAUGUUCAGAGUAUAAAAAACACAAACAAAAAUAUAACUUUGUACAAAUAAAAUCUUAUCUUCUUCUCAAGUUUCCCCCCCACCCACCGCUCAAAUAACCCACAAAACUACUCAAUUUUUUUUAUUCUUCCUCAUUUCUAUCCCCAAAUAUACCAAAAUAAUUCCAUUUUUUUUAAAAAAAAAAAAAACCUUAUUAUUCCCUAUUUAGCUUACCUCAUUGCUCAACUCUGUAAAUUUAUUACUCCAUUUUAUUUGUCGUUUGUAGAAAAAAAAUAAUAAAGGAGAUUUUUUUUCCUUGAAAAUUUCGUUGAUUAAUUUUUCUAAGUCGGCGAAUUUCUUCUAGUACGUUCUUCAAAUUCUCGAAAUUUAAUGUUAUUUUUCUCUACUAGUAUUUGUUUUUUUGCUUGAUAAUUUUAUUUUAUUCUUGUUGCAGUUACUAAAUAAGGUAACUUUUUGUGAGGUAUAAAAGAAAAGUUACUAGAAGAGUAAGAAUAAUACUUACAUGAUGAACUAUUAUGUUCCGGAUUUCGAAAUGGAAGACGACCAACACUUGAUUUCAACAUCAUCUACGGUCACCCAUCACAGCAAGGCUGAAGACGAGAUUCUGGAGUUGUUAUGGCAAGAUGGUCAAAUAGUUGCGCAACCUCAAAACCAACGCAAGUCGCAAUCGUCUAGUACGCCUCAACAAACACAAUCACACUAUCAGCAAAAGCAACAGCAACAGCAGCAACAUCAGCAACAGCAACAACAGUUAUACAUGGCCGAAGAUGAGAUGGCAACAUGGCUUCACUACCCGUUAGAGGACUUGUAUAGUGAUCUGUUAGGUGAUAAUACUCAGACAACUCAGCUUCCAGCGGUAGCUACUACCGUCGUGCGUCAACAGCCGCAGGAGGUUAUUCACCCUCCUGCGGCUGUUACGGUAGUAGUGAAGCCACCGCCUGUACCUCCACCACCGAAACCGACUAAGAAUUUUCAAAUGUUUUCAAGAAUGCGCGGUAAAGAUCCCGAGGUGUCGUCGAGUAUGAGGCCGGAGUUAACCGUGGUGGACUCGAAUACGACACCGGCUUUGGUGACCAUGAAGAGUCUAGGGGAAGUGUCAUCUGCUUUUCCUAGCGGUGGCGAAAUUGGUGGCAGUGAUUUUGUGUUGGAUACGAAAGGGAGUGGGGAGGUGACGGUUUCGUCAUCGUCUGGUGGGUAUAGCGGCGGCCCUUCUAAGGCCGCCGCCGAAGAUGCCAGGGAUAAAGGGAUUAAGAAUGAAGCGGGGGAUCGAAAGAGAAAGCGAAGAGAUAAUGAUGAAUCUAUGACCCCUUCUACUACGGCCAUUGAUCAAGAUGUAGAGCUUGAAGGUGAUGAUGACGAUGAGAAGAAGCAUUCCCAUGGCUCACAUGGCUCGAAGAGAUCUCGUGCUGCAGAGGUCCACAACCUCUCAGAGCGGAGACGUCGAGAUAGGAUUAAUGAGAAGAUGAAGGCAUUGCAAGAACUCAUUCCUCGCUGCAACAAGUCAGACAAAGCUUCAAUGCUUGAUGAGGCAAUCGAAUAUUUAAAGUCACUGCAAAUGCAAGUUCAGAUGAUGUCAAUGGGAUGUGGCAUGGUUCCAAUGAUGUACCCUGGAAUGCAGCAACAAUACAUGCCACCAAUGGGAAUGGGGAUGGGAAUGGGAAUGGGGAUGGGAAUGGAUGUGGGGAUGAAUCGCCCGAUGAUUCCAUUUCCACCCAAUAUGCCUGCUUCUAACAUGCCAAGCCCCUCCGCAACUGCAGCAGGGCCUCAAUUUGCUCCAAGAUUCACAGUCCCGCCCAUUCGUAUGACUUCUUCUCCUGCUUCCAAUUUCUCUGUAAACCAAACCAGCAUUCAAGCUGAUUCUGUCCGUAGCUCAGUUCCUGUUCAAAGUUCCGGCCUGCCACAACUUCCUAACAUGGCUGACCCGUAUCAGCAAUACAUGGCUCUCCAACAGAUGCAGAUGCAGAUGCAAAUGCAAAUGCAGAUGCAAGCAGUUCAGGACCAGCCUGUUUCCCAACCUGGGUCAAGCAAACCAGCAAGCACUAGCAAAAGCGAAGGCCAACCUGGGCCAAGCACUAGCAAAAGUGAAGCCGAUGAUGAUCAAUGACUAUCUGAUCAAACCAAGUAGAGCAGGGCUGAGUUACUACCCAAUUCUUGUUUUUCGAUGUUUUAGAAUACUUACAGAUGAUUUUCUGUUGCAGCAGGUUGAUAUUUUUGGUUAGAAAAACGGCCAAAGGCUAUUGCCUGCAAAAAUUUUGUACCAUGAGGUUUAUAGUUGUUCCCCCCCUCAAGUUUGGCCUCAAGCAAUCAGAGUACAAAUCUUCCGCGAAAAAACACAAACCUUACAAGUGAAGACAGUCUCAUGUAAAUGUUAUUCUCCAGAUAUCGAUAAUUUGUUUUUGUUCAGCUAGUGACUUUGCUCGGUGCAGUGCAACACGAUGCAAAUAUCUUACAGUUGGUAGAAAUUGAUAAACGUGCUUUCUACUGAUUGCGUUGCACCAUACCAAACAACAGAUCAGUUAAAUUAACAGAAAGAUAACAUAAGCUCAGUAUAUGCAGAGAUUGAGAAGAAUCGCCUUCGUAAAUCUGUAUGUUCCUUCUAACUUGAUAUAACUAAACACCAAUUAACUAGUCUAUAUACAGGUUAAUACAUAAUUCCAUAUACUCGAACUCAAUGGCUGCAUUUGGCAGACAGUAAAACAAUGAUGGUAAUUGUUACAAAGUUUAUAUGUAAUUUUUGAGAAUCACAAAAAUGUAAGUUCAUUGUUUUAUAAGAAAAAUCUCGUGCUAAUGUUUAUGGUUAUGUCAGUUCUUGGCAAGCAUCUCUUCCUUAAUAUAUAUAUUUUUUUUUUCUUAUACGAAGUAUAUUUUUACCGUGUUUAAAAUUAAUGGUGGAAAAACACUUACAGAUGGUGAUUUAUUAUCAUGAACAGGAUAAAGCUUAUCUUACAAAUUCUGAUACAAACCAAAUUACUAGUAUCAUUUAUUACCGUCC